AUGGCGAACGGUAAUGCUGGAUGGGGUACUCGUGUUCCUACCGAGGGUGACAGAAACCUUGAAGCACAGUAUACAGUUUCAGCCAUUGCCGCAUGGAAAUGCGAGUUUAACGGUUGUACUGAACUCAUGACGGUGUAUCAUCGGGAGGAUCGUGAUCAACUUUAUUAUCAAUGUGAUGGUAAUUUUCAAGGCGAUAUCCAAGUUCCCAAUGGAGGUCAUUUCGACGUAAUCAAGAGAAGUGUCACUUUAAAUUCUUUCUGGUAUAACCGUAAGGCCAAGGCUAAUCGAAUUUUGAACACUGUUAUCGAGUAUAUUAGAGGAAACUCAAUUGGAAAGAUCAACAAGUCUAUCAGAAUCAGUCCAGACGCAGCUAGACAAGUAUUGAAGGACAUUCAAAUGAUGAUGCUAAGUGAUUAUCGUAGAUAUGCAAUGGGAGAUGAGCAAUUGCUUGGUGCCGAUCCUAGAUGUCACCAUAUUCAAAUUGAUGAAUCCAAAUUUGGAAAGCGUAAGAAUCACCGUGGUCGACGCGUCGAAGGCGUCUGGGUUUUCGGAAUGGUAGAAGCUCUUGUA